UUUUCUAUUUUACUUCCCAAAAGAAACGCAGAAGCGGCUCAUCAUUUGUUUCAUUCUUAAGACAUUGACAAUAGAUGGCCAGUUUAUUCUAUUUUCUGGAUCUGUGGAGAACAAUAGCUGAAACUUUUCACCGCGUUAUUCCGAAGGUUCUGUUUGACGCUGCUAAAGCUCCUCUUCAUUUGUUUGUAAUCCCAGUUUGGAAUUGCAGGGUAUUACAUAAUGGAUGUCGUCUUUUGGCGUUUAAAAAAUGCCGGGAAAAAAAAAUCGAAUGCUUUUUUUCUGCUUUCUUUUUUUUAUUUUGUACAAUUGAAAAAUCUCUUACAUUAAUCUUAUAUCAACUUAUUAUGGAACAUAUUGACUCUAACCAACUCUAUGCUGAUGGUGCAUACCGUUUCCAAUAUGUCGCUAAAUUCUUGGAAUUUGGCGAUGAGGAUAUCAAAGCAAUUGAAGCUGUCGCUGACAAGGUUCGGCCUCUUGUCCCUGUUGUUGUUGAUGCUGUGUAUGACAAGCUUUUCAAAUUUGACGUUACCAAGAAACACUUUGUUCCCAAGAACGAAGGUUUUGAGGGCCCCGCUCCAGUUUCUUUAGAGGAGCUCACAUUGGAUCAUCCUCAAAUCAAGUUCCGUAAGGACUUCUUGAGCAAGUACCUCUACAAAAUUCUUUCAGGCCCUUAUGAUGACCGCUUCUUACGUUAUUUGGACUGGGUUGCAAAGAUUCAUACUGAUACUCCUUCUAAGAAAUCCAAGAUCAAUGUCGACUAUAUUCAUAUCAACGCGUUGAUGGGUUAUGUUGAAUCUGUGUUAGCAGGAGGUUUGUUAUCUUUGAAUUUAGAUAAGGAAACAGAGUCCAAGGCUCUUUUAGCUUUCAACAAGUUGUUGUGGAUUCAAAAUGAUUACUUCGCCAAGUACUAUUGUAAUCCUGACACUAUUCAUGAUGCCUCAGUGACAAAGAAAACCAACGCUAGUGUUUGCAAUUGUCUUAAGGCUGUUACUACACCCGCUGCUAUCUUACCUCUUGCCAUUGGUGCCAUUGCUGGGUUUAUUGGUGCUUAUUAUCGCUUCAACCAAAAAUAAAUCAUCUUUAGUAAUCUUACAUUCAUACGUACAUAUAUAAUAUAUAACCAAGUUUAAUGAAUUUAUUUUUAUUAACAUAUUUCAAUGCUAAUACUAUCUCUAACUGUGCUGCAAACAAAUAAUAAAGUAUAGUAUAUUAAUGUUCUUGAAGCGCGAAACGUUCAUAUGCCUGGACAUGAUUUCACGAUAAAUUACGAGUAUCUCUCAAGGCUUGAUCCAUGUACUGAAAGCAUUUUAGUACUAUAGUAUUGCCUCUCAUACUCGGCUGUUUGAUAAGCAUUAUUGUUAAUAACAUAACUAUUAACUAAUUAUAGCUCUCAUUCUGUUCCAUAAAUGGCAUUAUGUGAAUAUCCUGACCUAAUUGCUU